AUGCACGCCUUUGGUAUCGACCACCAAAACUGGGAAGCAGUUGCCGAGAGUCGUGACGGAUGGCGUAAAGUUGUUGUGGACGGACGCAAGAUACACGAUCAAGCUUGGCACAACAUUCCGAGAACAGUGAGGAUAAGAGCGGGAACUUCGAGUAUUUUCGACAGUGGGGAGGUGGUUUAUGUUGAAAAUAUAUCGAAUCAUCCAAACUACAGUCCCAGUACAAAAGAUAAUGACAUCAGCGUGGUUAGAAUAGCGCGUGCACUGCCAUCAUUGCCAUCGAUCCGGCAGGCUGUCCUCGUAGCCCAUGGUUCAACAAUACCGGACAAUUUGCCGGUUGAAUUAGUUGGUUGGGGAAGUUCUAUAGUACUUCGCAACUUGACACUCCCCACUAUCAAUAAUAGAUCUUGUGCCCAGCGUUUUGCAGGAAUUGGAAUUACAGUCACUGAAAACAUGAUCUGCACAAGUAUAUUAGAUCAGUACAGAGAUUCGUGUCUCUAUAACUUUGGUGGUCCGAUGGUGUAUCAAGGAAUUCUCAUAGGAGUUGUGUCUGAGUGCACUUGGCGUCCUGACACUGAUAAUAGUAGGUUUCCACUCAUCAGUACAUCAGUAGCCUCUUACACAAGGUGGAUUACUGAUACUGCAAAAUUAUAG